AUAACGCCGCCGACAACAAAGAUAGUACCCGUACCCUAAGAAAAUCCAAUCGAUCAUCAAAGCUUGAAAAUGGGAGUAGAGAAGCAAGUCAUCAGGCCCGGAACCGAUCCCAAACCCACCCCUGGCCAGACUGUCACCGUCCACUGCACCGGCUACGGGAAAAAUGGGAAUUUGUCUGAGAAGUUCUGGAGCACAAAGGAUCCAGGACAGCAACCUUUCUCUUUUCAAAUUGGGAAGGGCUCUGUUAUAAAAGGAUGGGAUGAAGGUGUGCUGGGAAUGCAAGUGGGAGAAGUUGCUCGUCUUCGGUGCUCUCCUGACUAUGCUUAUGGUGCUGAUGGAUUUCCUGCAUGGGGAAUACAGCCAAACUCUGUUCUCGACUUCGAGAUUGAAGUCCUAAGCGCACAGUGAGUAGUAGGCAUUUGGUGACUAUUGAGAAAUAAUGCAUCCCGAAUAAUUUGUGCCAUGAAUAGUACAAUAUUAUCGUGUGGCAUGUAUGAACGUUAUUAGCAUUUAUAUGAGCAUGUAUUUCACG